AUUCAAUUGGCCAUGCCUAACUACAAGGGAGACUGGGACUGGCAACUAUGAAUACCCAAUGUGCUUGGGUACGGGGAACAGGUUCCCUGUUCUAUAAAGGGAACAGGUUUUGGCAGACAUCUAUUAGAAUCCUCCACAAUGACCAUCUUCUUAAUCCAAGGAAUCAUUUCAACAUUCAUUUUUCUUGAGUUUACUGAAGCAUUUGCUACCAUUGAUCUUCCUCAUAUCCUUGAAAUGCUAUUUGCUUUUGGUUUCAUGAUUCUCAACUCUGAGCUGUCUUUGUCUUUUAAAAGAUACUUUAUUUCCCCUCUCCUCUAAUGAAGGUGUUUUUUUCAGACUUUUGCCUCUUCUGUUGUUACCUGACAUACUUUUGCUUGAUUAUCUUAGAAUUCUCAUGGUUUCAAUCACCAUAUACAUGCUGGUGAAACCCAAAGUCCAUAUCUACCCCAGUUUAUAUUCUAUAUAUAAUUACAUACAGCUCCACAUAGGGACAUGCAUGUGCGAACACUUACACAUAUCUCCCAAGGCAUUCAUGUUAGUAUCGGCAUGUACAAAAUUGACUUCAGCUUUUUCCACUUCAGUCUUUUUUGUUCUUCAGUGUUCUCUGUCUUAGGGAAUGACACAACUAACCAGUUGCCAAGUCCAGAAGUGUGUUAAUCAUCCUUGAUUCUUUCCUUUUUUUUCUCCACAUGCAACCUAUCAGUGACCAGAUCCUAAGUAUCUUUCUAAGCAUCCCUCUUCUCUCCAUCCACACCAGCAUUACUUUUAAACAGGCUGCCACCAUCUCCUAACUGGUGUCUCUGAUUCCAGUCAUUCCUCCUGAAAUUGAUUCUCUAUACUUCCUUCAAACUGAUUUUUCAAAAAUGCAGAUGCAAUCAUGUUAAUCAAAUGUUUAAAACUCUACAUUGUGUUAUAAUUUUCCAUAGGAUAAAAUUUUAAAUUCAUGCUAUAUCCUAUAUAAUAACUUGUGUCCUCACCCCACUCCCCCCACCCCCGCCAGUCUCCCUUUUUUUUUUAAACAACAAACAUUUAUUUCUCACAGUUAUGGAGGCUGGGAAGUCCAAGGUCAGGGUGUAAGCAGAUUCUAUGUCUGGUGAGUCCACUUCCUAGUGGUUCUCUUCUUGCUGCGUCCUCACAAGGGAGCUCUCUAGGAUCUCUUUUAUAAGGUCACUAAUCCCACCCAUGAGAGCUCCAACCUAAUGACCAAAUCACCUCCCAAUGGCCUUACCUCUCCAAAUAACAUCAUACUGGGGAUUAGGUUUAAACAUGUGAAUUUGGGGGAACAAAAACAUUUAGUAUCAGUUUCCUUUAUAUUUUAAAUAUAAUUUAUUAUCAAGCUAACAAACAGCGUAUACAGUGUGCUCUUGGUUUGCGGGGGUUGGGGGGUAGAUUCCCAUGAUUCAUCGCUUACAUACAACACCCAGUGCUCCCCCCAGUCUCAUUUUUAAAUUAUCCCCUUCUAUGGUUUAAAGUUCAGGGCAUAUUUAACUUCUUUCUGUUCUUCAAAAGGUCUGCCAGAAACACUCCUUCUCCUGGCUAGCUCCUUCAGAUCACAACUUAUAGUUUACUACCUUAGGAAAGCUUUCACUGAUGCUCAAAAAUCUGGGCUAGAUUUUAUUUUUUAGUAGGUACUUAACUAGCACUUACUAGCAAUUUUGUAAAUAUUAAUUCAUUUGAUUCCUACUAUAAUAAUCCUAGGAGGUAAAUACCAUUAUCACCCCUAUUUUACAGGUAAGGAAACAGAGGUACAUUACUUGUCUAAGACUGAAGAUAUUGAAUGGUAGAAGUAGGAUUCAAAUGUAAAUAUUUUGGUUCCAGAAUCCAUGUUCAUAUGCUAUGCUGCCUCCUAGGUACAAGAUGGCCCUUCUAGGUAUUUCUCUAUUACUCUUUACCUAUGAAUACAUUGUGAAAUAUUUUAAUAAUGUGUCUGCCAAAUUUUCAGCCAGUGAACUCCAUAAAGACAAGGACUGAAUCUAUUUUAUUUAUUCCACAUUCUUACAUGUAAAUUAAAUUUUUUAAAAUGUUUAUUUAUUUAUUUUGAGAAAGAGAAACAGAGCACAGGCAGGGGAGGGGCAGAGAGAGAGGGAGAGGAAGAAUCCUGAGAAGGCUCUACACUGUCAGUGCAGAGCCCGAUGUGGGGGCUGGAUCCUGCAAACGGUGAGAUCAUGACCUGAGCUGAAAUCAAGAGCUGGAGGCUUAACUGACUGAGUCACCCAGGUGCCCCCACAUGUAUAUUUUUAAAAUAUGUGAGAAAAAGGUAAUGACAUUACUAACUAUAGUUAACUGAAUUCAAAAGUAUUUACAAGAGUAAAGGAGAUAAUAUAUUUGAAAUUCUCAAGAAAUGGCCUAAAUAAAAUAUUAUUUCUUCAAUUCAGGACAUCUUUCUUCCCAACCUCCCUUCAGUUCAAGACAUUUUAAUAGAGUCUUCUUGUCAGCAUUCAAAACAGCACUAAUUAAAUGCCCUGUAUAGACUUUGUUUGGAUCGUGAUUCAAACAAACCAACAGUAAAAAACAUUUUGGAGAAAAAUGAGGAAUACCAAACACAGACUGAGUAUAAAGUAUAUCAAGGAAUUAUUGCUAAAUUUGCUGGUUUUAAUAGUGGUAUCGUAUUUAUAUUUUAAAGCCUUUAUCUAUUAGAGAUACUUGGUGAAGUAUUUAGAGGUAAAGAUAUAUGAUGUCUGGGAUUUGCUUUAAAAUACUCCAGAGGUAUUCAUGAAUUAUUUGUUGAAAGAAAACAAAAUUUUUAAAAAAAAUUCAUGGAAACACAUGGUGGCGCUGUAGGAUAAGAUGAAAUCAGUGCAUGGACAACACUGUGGGCUCCAUUAUUCAGGGAACAGAGAACAUCCAAGCCACUGAGAAGAGAGGGAGUAAAGGAGCUUCAUCUACUAAAGCUGCUGGAGGACUAUAUACUCUCCGGGGGGGGGGGGGAUCUUAUUUUUUAAAAUUCAGCUUCAGCUUCCAAAAUUAGGGCUGAACUUAAAUUUUUCUACAAAAGAGGUUGCUGGAAGGAGCCAUGGAGAUCAAAGGGGUGCUCGCUCUGCAGAAAAGGCAAGUCCUGAUUCUCUUUGUUUUGCUGGGAUUAUCUCAGGCGGGUCCUGAAUCGGUGCGAUAUUCAGUGGCAGAGGAAACAGAAGUUGGUUCUUUUGUGGCAAAUCUUGCAAGGGAUCUAGGGCUUGGGGUGGAGGAGCUGUCUUCACGGGAGGCCCGGGUAGUGUCUGAUGAUAAUGAAAAGCACUUACAACUUGAUUUACUGACGGGGGAUUUGCUCCUAAAUGAGAAACUGGACCGAGAAGAGCUCUGUGGCUUCACCGAGCCGUGUGUGCUACAUUUUCAGAUGGUAUUGGAAAAUCCUUUAGAGUUUUUUCGGGGUGAGCUGCAUGUCAAAGACAUAAAUGAUCACUCCCCUAUGUUUCUAGACAAGGAAAUACUUAUUAAAAUAUCAGAAAGUACCAGUAGUGGAACCACAUUCCUAAUGGAGAGUGCCCAAGAUUUGGAUGUAGGAACCAACAGUCUCCAAAACUACACACUUAGCCCUAAUUCUCAUUUCUACAUUAAAAUUCGAGACAGUGGUGAUGGAAAGAUAUACCCAGAACUGGUCCUGGACAGAGCAUUAGAUCAUGAGGAGGAGCCUGAGCUCACAUUAACACUCAUAGCACUGGAUGGUGGAUCUCCACCCAGGACUGGAACAACUUUGGUUCUCAUCAAGGUCUUGGACAUCAAUGACAAUGCCCCUGAGUUUGCUCAGAGGCUCUAUGAAGUACAUGUCCUGGAGGACACACCUGCUGGCUCCUGGAUUAUCACCAUUUCUGCUAAGGAUAUGGAUUCAGGAAAUUAUGGGAAAAUAUCAUACACAUUUUUGCAUGCAUCAGAAGAUAUUCGUAAAACAUUUGAAAUCAAUCCAAUAUCUGGGGAGGUUCACUUGAGAUCAUGCCUGGAUUUUGAAGUAAUACAGUUCUACACUAUAAAUAUUCAGGCAACAGAUGGUGGGGGUCUUUCAGAAGAAUGCAGUCUUCUGGUUAAAGUAGUAGAUAUAAAUGAUAAUCCACCAGAAGUGACCAUCUCAUCAUUUACAAAGACAAUUCCAGAGAACGCCUCAGAGACUCUGGUUGCUCUUUUCAGCGUCCGAGACCAAGACGCCGGGGACAAUGGGAGGAUGGUUUGCUCUAUUCAAGACGAGCUCCCUUUUUUUCUGAAACCAACCUUCAAGAACUUUUUCACUCUAGUUUCGGAAAAAGCACUGGACAGAGAGACAAGAUCUGAGUACAACAUCACCAUCACCGUCACCGACUUAGGGACCCCCAGGCUGAAAACGCAGCACAACAUAACCGUGACGGUCUCCGACGUCAACGACAACGCCCCCGCCUUCAGCCAAACCACCUACACCCUGCGCGUCCGCGAAAACAACAGCCCCGCCCUGCACAUCGGCAGCGUGAGCGCCACGGACAGGGACUCGGGCGCCAACGCCCAGGUCACCUACUCGCUGCUGCCGCCCGCGGACCCGCAGCUGCCCCUGGCCUCCCUGGUGUCCAUCAACGCGGACAACGGGCAGCUGUUCGCGCUCAGGUCCCUGGAUUACGAGGCGCUGCAGGCGUUCGAGUUCGGCGUGCGCGCGGCCGACCGCGGCUCGCCCGCGCUCAGCAGCCAGGCGCGGGUGCGCGUGCUGGUGCUGGACGACAACGACAACGCGCCCUUCGUGCUGUACCCGCCGCAGAACGGCUCUGCGCCCUGCACCGAGCUGGUGCCCAGGGCGGCCGAGGCGGGCUACCUGGUGACCAAGGUGGUGGCGGUGGACGGCGACUCGGGCCAGAACGCCUGGCUGUCGUACCAGCUGCUCAAGGCCACGGAGCCCGGGCUGUUCGGCGUGUGGGCGCACAACGGCGAGGUGCGCACGGCCCGGCUGCUGAGCGAGCGCGACGCCGUCAAGCACAGGCUGGUGGUGCUGGUCAGGGACAAUGGCGAGCCGCCGCGCUCGGCCAGCGUCACGCUGCACGUGCUGCUGGUGGACGGCUUCUCGCAGCCCUACCUGCCGCUCCCGGAGGUGGCGGCCGAGGCGCGGGCCGACCCGCUCACCGUCUACUUGGUCGUCGCCUUGGCGUCCGUGUCUUCGCUCUUCCUGUUCUCGGUGCUGGUGUUCGUGGCGGUGCGGCUGUGCAGGCGGAGCCGGGCGGCGUCUGCGGGUCGCUGCUCGGGGCCCGAGGGCCACUUUCCGGGCCACUUGGUGGACGUCAGCGGCACGGGGACCUUGUCGCAGAGCUACCAGUAUGAGGUGUGUCUGACGGGAGACUCGGGGUCCAAUGAGUUUAAAUUUCUGAAGCCAAUUAUCCCCAGCCUUCCAGUUCCUGACACUGGUAGGAAUAUAGGGGGAAAUGAGAACUUUAGGAAUAGCUUUGGAUUCAACAUUCAAUAAAAUUACUUUAAACUUUGAAUCUUUUGUUUUUCUUGACAAUCUGUGGAUACUUUUUGCCAGUCUAUAAUGAAUAUUAGGCUGUACUAUAGUUGCAUGUACUAUCACUUCUUGCGCUCUCCUUAUAGUUGCUUUGAAAAUCUUUAUUAGUGGUCAUAAUGAAAUGGAAAUAUAAUCUGUGUUUUCUGUUUUUUUACACUUAUUUGGUCAUAAAUGUUAUAUUAACAGAGUUAUUAGUAAUUUUUUGUUUUGAUAAUGGUGUUAUUUUGCAAGAUAAUGUUACGAAUUAUUUGGAGGUACAAACUGAUGUAUUAAGAGUGAAUGCCCCUAUAUAUGUGAUUGACUACUAAACAUUACAUUAAAUCAUAAAGAAAAAAUAAGUGCUGUUGGAUCUGGGUGGAAGCAUAUUGGAUUUUAUUGCACUAUUCACUUUGCAAAGUUUCAUCAUAAAGUUUAAAAAAUGAUACUCCUCCAUAUUCAGUACCUAGGGUACCUUAUUUGCUUGCUUUUUGUAGUGUUUUUCAAGAAUUCACUUUAUGACAAAAUAAAAGUGACCACAUUGAAAAUUA